UUUAAAUUUGUAAUGUGGCAUAGGGUAAAGCAGAAAGGAAAAGAGUUACAGAAAUGUCCUUUUAAGCCUAAUUCCUGAAGGCCUUGUGAGGCUUGUCAGGCUGCAGUCACAUUCCUCCAAAUGCCAGUGAUCCAGCUGGUGGGGCAUUCCUUGGAAUGCCUGUCCCUCAUCACAGGAUGGCAGCCAGAACAGUGCUGCUUUGUGUGGGGCACAUACACAUCCCCACACACCAAGCAAGGCAACAAACAGAAUGGGUGAAAAACAGAAGUAAUAAAAGAACACUCAAAGUUUUCUUUGUGAUGGUGCUGUUCAGGCUGACCCGUGGUUGGUGUUUUGUUCUCAAAAAGGCUGAGUGCUCCUCUGGCUCAAAAAGAUAGAGAAACACUGAUCUAAGAUAUGGAAGGCAUCAUGGAAGAGUAUUUUCUGUUAUAUAUGCAGCCCAAUGUAUAACAAGUUUUUUUUUUUCUCUCCCUGACCUUCCCUCCUUUAUUUUGUACCCAGAUUUUCUUGCUCCUGUUUGAAAUAUGCCUUAUAACCUUACAAGUUUUCAGAAGACCACUGUGUUUCACUGGGAUAAAGAAUAUUGCAUCUGCUUCAUAGCAGGAGGAUGUUGUAUGUGUUACAGCUUAACUUUGUUCUACUUUACACCUAGAUAAAGGAUGAAGACUGUCUGUACCAUUUUGAUUACCUCUUCUAGGGUUCAAAGAGAAUCAUUUCCCCUGGCCUCCAUUUGCUCAUGGCUCAGCUUGAUCUAACUGGCACACAGAUAAACGUGCUGUUACACAAAAGUUACAGUAGCAGGAACCACCUCAGUGCCCCAAGCUCCUCUGCCCGUGUCGGUGGCACUCUGUGACCAGCCAAAAGCCGAGUGACGCAGUCCUGAGCGCUGCUCCCGAGGAGUUUGGGUGUGAAUGGACAGUGCUGCCACCCCGAGAGAUGAGACAAAGGACCCUGCGCCCCGACAGCUCAGCGAGCUCCAAAGAUGAGAGUCCUGCACAGCGAGCCCUGUGCUCUGUCUCCAGAGUGAUCUCCGUUCCUGCUGAGCUCACCUCACUGCUGCUCACCAGUUUUGCGUUUGGGAUUUAGACACCUCUUUUUCCCCCCAUUUUACACAAAGACUGUUAAUAGGACUGUUAGUGGAAUGAGCAAAGCCAAUACUCCCAGGGUUUAACUCGGUACCAAUAGCACCUUUAGCCCCAGAAUGCCUUACCGACGCCACCCGGCCCGCGUGUCCCGCUGUACGACUUGGCCUGAUGUUUCCGCUGGCUUAGGCGCCACCUCAGCCUCCCGAGCUGACUUUUAGGGACAUUUCCGCACGUGUAGCAUCUCCUCCAAGAGUCAGACACCACCUGGCUGCCGGCUGCGGGAGCUCUCCCCGUGGAUGUGCUCGGAGCUCCGGAGGCCGCGAGUGCAGCCCGCGGGCCGAUGCCGUCCGGCUGAGCUGCGGCCGCGCCCGAGGGAUGGCGCAGGGAGGGGAGGCAGGCGCUCCUCCCGUGCGCCUCUGGGUGCGCCGCGUGGGGGUUUACUGCGAUGAGCACCGCAAAACCUGGCUCGUGGCUGCGGAAGAGGAGGAAGGUAUGCUGAGGGCUCGGAUCCAAAGAGUUCAGGUUCCCCUGGGUGAGGCGCUGCGACCCAGCCAGCUCCCCCCAUCCCGGCUGCCUCACAUGUGGCAGCUGUCCCAGGGUGAGCAGUACAGGGAUAGUAACUCUCGCGUUUGGGAGAUAGAGCACCAUCUCAUGCUUGAUGGUGUUGAAGAACUGCUGCUUAAACUCGUGCCUGGGGAUUAAUCUGUUCCUGAACAUGUCCCGGAAGGAUCCCUGCCAGAAACAAGCCUGUGAAAUACAGAAAUGCUUGCAAGCGAACAACUACGUGGAGUCCAAG